AUGGCUUCUAUUCCCUGUUCAUCGCGUCAUACGGCAUCCUACAUGAAGGAUAUUAAAGAUAGAUUUGAAAGUCAAGCACAAAAUUCUCUUGUGACUUUUACAUCACAACCAUCAACAACAGUUUUACAAUAUUUUAAUACACGUGUUACUCAACGUCUUCAUCAUUAUCGAUCUAUGAAAAGACAAUGGCAAGAAGUGGCAACACUUGUUCGAAAUAAUUCUUUUGUAACUCCUACAUGUGAUUCUUCAACAUCUUUUCAAGAUGUGCCAGCAACUGCACAAGAUACAUCGAAAAAUAUACCGGGAAUAGCACAAAAGUUAAAUGUUGAACAAAAAAGUUAUCGUAUUAAUGAUUACAUUGCUACAACAACAUCGGGAAAAGAAAACAAUGAAAAGAAUUCAAUUGAACUAGAUCCACUACACUCAAGAAUCCAACAAGAUUUAAUUACAUUGCGAAAAUUAAUCAAAACAAAACAAAGGAAAUUCAUUGGUGAUAAUUCUUUCAAAGCAUACAAUAGUAGAAGAUCAUUACAAGAAUCAGCAUCAAUCGGUACGGCAAUUGACGAUCAAGAAAAUAAUAACAGAGCAACCAUUAGAAAACUAGGAUUACGUCGUAAACAAAAACCACUCGAACGUGUCAAAAUAUCCGGUUCUAAAAUGCAUCAUUCAACGCCUCAAAAAAAUGAUUCAAAUGAUAGUGUAAUCAUUAGUACAAGUAACUCAUCAAGUACCUGUUCACAAUAUUCGAAACAGCAGCAACAAAAACAAAAAACGAAACGUAAAAAAGGCAAUAAAGCGUUUAAUACUUUAUACAGUCGACUAAAUCCUCCUCCUCCUCCUCAUCCACUGCCUUCUGACUCUCUUGCUUAUCGUACAUCUCAUGAAUCGAAUAGAAAAUCACGUGCAUCGUCCAGAAAGACUCAACAUUCGGUUUCGAAACAAUCUCCAACCUCUCCACUAACGAUGUCAAUAUUACAAAUACCUCGUUUGAUCGAUGAUAAACAGUCUAGAUUUGUUAGAGAAGGAACUCAACUGCCAGGUAUCAUACAAUUAACCAACGACGAAGAAUUAACAACAGAUCGUUAUACCUAUGCAUCAUCAAGUUCAUCGACAACUCCACAUUCAACGAUGCUCAAACGAAAUACAUCACUUUUACCAAUUCUUCUACACUCAACUUCUUCCAUUGGUACUCAAUUACGAGAUAUUCGUCCGAAAAUGCCCGAAUACGAUAUAGAAGAGGGAAAAGGAGAGAAAGAGCACGAGGAAACUACAACCAGUAAUAAUGAUGAAGAUGAUAGUUAUUAUAAUUUACUUAACUAUAAAACUUUAAUAAAUGGUUUACCAGAUCCUGUUAUAUCUAUUCGGCCACGGUUUGGACAAGAUGAUUAUGGAAUUUUAUUUGAACAAUUAGAUCAUAUUCGAGAAACAAUGCCUGAUUCAAAUAUUUAUGAUGAAUAUGCCAGAAUCGUUUGA